GCGGCCUCCUACCCAUCCAUCCCUAGCUUCCUCGCUGCUUCGCCCGCCACGUCACCCUCCUCCUCCUCCCCUUUUUUUUCUCUCGCUCGCCUCGCCAUCCAUGGCGUCGAUGGCGAACCAGCAGUAGUAGUAGUCCACCCCAACGACGCGCGCGAGCCAGCUCCGGGGUACCCGCCGCUCGUGCCCGGGGGGGAAGGGGGUGCACCGGGGAGCCGUCGCGCCGCGCGGCUCUGAUUCUUCCCGUUCCCGGAGAUUUGAACCAUGGAGUCUUUACGUGACAUGGUCCUCCCACCAGGAUUUGGAUUCCACCCAAAAGAUACUGAGCUCAUUUCUCACUAUCUGAAAAAGAAAAUACAUGGCCAAAAGAUUGAAUAUGAGAUCAUUCCAGAGGUGGAUAUAUACAAGCAUGAACCAUGGGAUUUACCUGCAAAGUGCGAUGUUCCAACUCAGGAUAAUAAGUGGCAUUUCUUCGCUGCUCGUGACAGAAAGUAUCCUAACGGUUCUCGGUCAAAUAGGGCAACAGUUGCUGGGUAUUGGAAAUCCACUGGAAAGGAUCGAGCCAUAAAAAUGGGCAAGCAAACUAUAGGAACGAAGAAAACUUUAGUUUUUCAUGAAGGCCGCCCACCCACUGGGAGACGUACUGAGUGGAUCAUGCAUGAGUACUAUAUAGAUGAGCGUGAAUGUCAAGCCUGCCCUGAUAUGAAGGAUGCAUAUGUACUUUGUCGUAUUACCAAAAGAAAUGACUGGAUCCCAGGGAAUGGCAAUGAGUUGGACAACAGUGAUCCUCAUCCAGAACCAUAUGAUGCUCCUCCAUCAGUUAUCAGUACUGAACAGCUAAAUCCUGCUGCUGAACCAGUUGUCGGUGUUGAAGCUGCACCAGUUACCGUUGCUGAACCUGACGGUGUUACUACGUCAGCUAUCACUGCUAAUAUACCAUCUCCUAGUGAUGACAUUAAUCUGGAUGAUUGGUUGAAUGAACUAUUUGAUCCUUUCUUUGACCCUGAACAGAGUCUGGCUUCUGCUGAUCUGUCUCCAGAUGAACAAAAUGUUGAAUCAUCGAACGUAGGUGCUUUGGCUCCAAAGGUGGAACAAGACUAUUCUAGUCCUAACGAGAACGUAGUAGAUGAUACGGAGUACUUGUUGCCUGAAGAUGUUUACAACAUACUGCACCCUGGUACAGAUGACUUCAAUAUGCUCCAGAAUCCUUUGGAUCAGUACCCCAUUCAAUAUGCAACCGAUGUUUGGAGUGGAAUUCAGAAGGAAGAACUGUGGUCGCCCCAGGCCAAUGCUGAGCCUAGUCAGUCGAAUGAAGCUGCUGAUAAUGGAAUUAUAAGACGUUAUCGUAGUAUGAAAACACCUGAAACUAGUGUGCCGCAGUUCAAGGGUAAAACUCAGGCUAAAAUGCGGGUUGGGAUCAACAAGAUGGCUACGAGUAGUUCUGAAUCUAUCAACCAGACUAUCAAGUUUGAGAACAGUGGUCGUCUUGUUGAGCACCAGAAGAACCAAGCGCAUGAUGUAGCUUCUACCAAGCGGUCAGACGCAGGGAAGCCAAGUACAGAGCUCAGCAGCAAUCGAGGAUUUCUCAGGGGUAUCCGAAAUGCAUUUGCAGGCUGUUCGGAUGCUCGAUGGAACAUGAUACUUGUUGCGGGUUUCGCUAUUGGAGUCGCUGUGGUAGCGCUUCAUAUAGGCCAACGCCUUGGAUUAAGCCAGAGAGAUCAGCAGCAUACCUAGCCUUUAGGUUUGCAGGUUACUGGGUUUCUAUGCUUUUUGCAAUCUGGAGAAACGUAAACAAACUCCGAUCUUUGGUUGGUGCAGAACAUUUGAUGUAUGCGCCGUUUUUUUUGUGUUGGUUUUGUACAUAUUAUUAUCUUCGGUUUUGGUCGACUUUUGUUCUCGCCAGCUAGUAGUACUAUGUUGACGAAUGUAGAAGAAAACCUCAAAAAAAAAAGAACAAAUGAAAAAAAAUUGACGAUGAAAAUUUAUAUAAUUAACCGCUUGCAUUGUACUAUACCGUA